AUGUUUAAGAACACCUUCCAAGGUGGAUUUCUGUCAAUCCUCUUCAGCAUUGGAAGCAAGCCGCUCCAGAUAUGGGAUAAGAAGGUCCGAAAUGGACACAUCAAGAGAGUCACAGAUAGUGAUAUUCACUCAACCGUGUUGGAAAUCGAGGGAACAAACCCCAGCACCACCUAUAUAACGUGCCCUGCAGACCCGGGGACGAUACUCGGCAUCAGACUUCCUUUCUUCACCAUGAUCGUAAAAAACCUCCAGAAGUAUUUUAGCUUUGAAGUCGAGGUGUUGGAUGAUAAAAACGUUCGCCGUUGGUUUAAGGCAAGUAACUUUCAGAGUGCAACAAAGGUGAACCCUUUCAACUGCGCCAUGCCCAUGAGGCUCGGUGAUGGCUGGAACAAGCUUCAGUUCAACCUGUUAGACCUCACCAGAAAAGCCUACGGGACCAAUUACAUUGAGACUCUUCGUGUGCAGAUUCAUGCAAAUUGUCGUAUAAGGAGGGUGUUCUUCUCAGACAGACUCUAUUCUGACGAUGAGAUCCCAGCAGAGUUUAAACUGUACAAAGCUGUACAGAACCAACAGGCCAAGGUGAGUACGUACAUCUGCGUUCUUCAGUAG